GUCCCACUCAGAUUCCAAAUUACAUAAUUUCCAAUUAAUUUGAUUCGGCCGUGCGCUCUCUCUCUUUAACUCACUCUCUCACAAAGUUGACUUUUCUAACCUUUGCAACAAUGGCAUCAAGAUUGGUUGUGGUAGCAUCACUACUUGUCCUUUGCUGCUUAGCCGGAAUUUGUUAUGGCAAAGGUCACUUCUCUUCCUUGAAGAAAACCCUUGAUGUCACCGCUUCCCCCAAGAAAGGACAAGUUUUGAAAGCUGGAAUAGACAAAAUAACAGUGACAUGGGGUCUUAACAAGACCUUACCAGCCGGGACAGACUCUGCAUAUCAGACCGUUAAGGUGAAGCUGUGCUACGCGCCAAUCAGCCAGAAAGACCGCGCGUGGAGGAAGACGGAGGACGACCUCUCAAGGGACAAAACGUGCCAGCACAAGAUCGUGGCCAAACCCUACGACGCUUCCAACAAGACCGUUAAUCAUUUCGAGUGGGUCAUCGAGCGCGACGUGCCCACCGCCACGUACUUCGUACGCGCCUACGCGUUUGAUUCUAAUGACGCUGAAGUUGCUUACGGUCAGACCACUGAUGCUAAGAAGACAACAACCUUGUUUGAGAUCCAAGCAAUCAGCGGGCGCCACGCGUCCCUUGAUAUAUGCUCAAUUUGCUUCAGUGUUUUCUCGGUGAUGUCACUCUUUGUGUUCUUCUACAUCGAGAAGAGGAAGGGUAAGGUUUCCAAAUGAUUGAUAGGAUAUCAAGUCUCAACUGAAGAUGCAUGCUACUAGGUAAAAGUACUGGAAAAGACACGUAGCUUUGUUUUCUUUCUUUUGUGUUCUUGCUGUAUGGUGUAUGUCACAACAUAAGCGCUUGCUGCUAUAAUUUUUUUUUAAAAAAAAUAUACCUAUGUUAAGUUCAUGCUGAGUUAUUAAAACAGAGCAAGCAGAAUUAGAGAGGGGAAAUUAUGAAGAUAUGGAGAUUUAUAGUUAUUGUUGAAUAAGUAAA